GAGGGCGGCGGCGGCGGGGGGGCGGGGCUCGCGGGGCGGGUGGCGGCGGGCGGAAGAUGGCGGCGCUGGCGCCGGAGCUGCUGGUGCUGAGCGACGCGGGGCGGUUCCGGGCCGACAACCUGCUGGGGGCCGAGGACUGGGAUGCCGCACUCUACAGUUGCCUUGACGACAGGCUGGAGCCCACCCACCUCUUCCCCUCCCUGGACCCUGACCCCAUGUUUGACUGUGCCUUUGAGGGGGGUGAAGCUGCCAGCACCCCUGACCCGCCAUGGGACCAGGAGCCCCCCAGCCUCUUCCCCGACCUGCAGGUGAAGUCGGAGCCGGGGUCCCCUGCCUCGUCCCACUGCUCCGACUCUUCCGGCCUCUCCUCCGCUUCCGAGCCCCCGGCCUGGGCCUCCAGCCCCCCUGAGCCAGGGGUGAAGGCGGAGCCGACCCCCCUGCUGCCCUGCGCACCCCCGGAUGCCGCAGGGAAGGCACCACGGGCUGUGAAGGCAGAGGCACCCCCCUCCAGCCGCCGGACCCCCCCCAUCCAGCCCAAGCCCCCUGGGGGGACUCCUGGGCCCAGGGGAGCUGCCCCAAGCCCCCCCCAGACCAUCCUGCUGCAGCCGCUGCCUGGAGGCGCUCCCCCUCUGCCUGCAGCCAUUACUGUGCCAGCCCCUGCAGUGCUGCUGUCGCCGGCGGACCUGCUGCUGCCAGGGCUCCUGUGCCUGCCCCCCUCCGGCCGGGGGGCCCCCCGCACCCCUCCCGGCCCCCCCAAGCCCGAGGCCAAGACCAUCGUCCCAGCCCCCGCUCCCGCCCCUCCCGGUCCCCAGGAGGUCGAUGCGAAGGUGCUGAAGCGGCAGCAGCGGAUGAUCAAGAACCGGGAGUCGGCCUGCCAGUCGCGGCGCCGGCGCAAGGAGUACGUGCAGGGGCUGGAGGAGCGCCUGCGCCAGGCCCUGGCCGACAACGACCGCCUGCGCCGCGAGAACGGGCUCCUGCGGCGCCGCCUCGACGCCCUCCUGGGCCAGAGCUCGGAGCUGCACCCCAUCCCAGGACCCCGCAAGCUGGCCUGCCUCGCCGCCCUCCUCCUCUUCCUCGCCUUCAACCUGGGCCCCCUCAGCCUCUCACAGCCGCCCCCCGCUGAGCCCCGCCGCCAACCCACCCCCCGGGGCCGCCGGCACCUCCUGGGGGUGUCUGAGGCGGGGCCCCCCGUCACCGACCUGCCCCGGACAUGGGGGCCCCCCCCGGGGCCACGCCAGGAGCCCCCCGGCCCCGCCAGCAGGACCACCUUCAGGAACACCUCGCUGGGCGCGGUGACGCUGCGGGAGCUGGAUGGGCUGUUCCGGGCAUCCGACUGUCGCCGCUUCAACCGCACCGAGUCGCUGCGGCUGGCAGACGAGCUCAGCGGGUGGGUCCGGCGCCACCAGAUCGACCGACGGAAACCAGGGUCACCCCCCCGGACCCCCCGCAGCCAGUUUCAGGCUUCGCUCCCCUGGAAGGCACCAGCCUCAUCCCGCCUCGUCCCGGCCACCCCCCCCCACCCCGAGAGGGCCCCCCCAGGGCAGCUCCAGCUCUACCGCCCCGACCGGGCUGAACCCCAUUUCCUGGCCGCCAUCGACCGCCGCGAGGACACCUUCUACGUCGUCUCCUUCCGGCGGGACCACCUCCUGCUGCCAGCCAUCAGCCACAACAAGACAUCAAGGCCGAAGAUGUCCCUGGUGAUGCCGGCAGCUGCGCUCAACGAGAGCCUGUCGGGGCGUGGGGGGGGCCUGGAGGCCAUGAUGCAGGUGGACUGCGAGGUGAUGGACACGCGGGUCAUACACGUCCGCCGCCGGCCCCCCACCCCUGCCAACCGCAGCCGGGCCCCCACCCCUGCCCGCAGCCCCCGCCGCCCCCCCCGCACGCUCUACCUGGGGGGCAGCGGCUAGCCACGCCCCUCGGCGGUAAGGCCACGCCCCUCUCGGGGGCGGUGGGGCGAAGCACUGUCCGUGAGAACCGGGCUGGGAGCUGGAGUGAGCCCCGCCCCCCGAGCAAACCCCGCCCAUUGGGGCGUGAAAGCACGCCUGCUGGGGCAGCCCCGCCCCCUGGGAGGGAGCCCCGCCCCUCGGGCUGCCCCGGCUCCUCCCAGGGGGCGGAGCUUUCUCGGCUGGGCAAGCCCCGCCCUCUACAAGCACUUAUCCUGGGGAGCCCCGCCCCCUAGUUUCCCUUAAAGGGGCAGUGCCCUCACACCCACCCACCCCACCCCACCCCGGGGCUGUUUUUUUUACCC